CACUUUCAAUAUUGUACGGUCCCGACUCACCAAAGCCUAUUUUUCUUCUUCUUCUACUACCUUUCCUUCUCUUCGAUCAAAAACUCACCAUUCUUAACAUUCUCUCUGCUUUUGUGACCUCGUGAUCUCCGUUCCAUGGACACUCUCUCGCAUUCGAUCAUCGCCCCAAAAUUCACCAUCUCCCACUAUGGACUCUCCUCUACCAAACCUCUAACCUUGAGGUCGAAUUCCACGGCUAGAACCGCCGCCUUCCGGAGCCGCGUAUACGCCGGCGUCAAGAUCCAAAGCCCGCCGAUCGAUUUCAGUGAUCCUGAUUGGAAAUCUAAGUUUCAAUCCGAUUUCGAGAAACGCUUUAAUCUCCCUCACAUCACUGAUACCUUCCCAGAUGCUGAAUCCAUUCCAUCCACUUUUUGCCUCAAGAUGAGGACGCCUGUAACGGAGGAAUUUAGAGGAGGGUAUCCUUCGGAUGAGGAGUGGCAUGGAUAUAUAAAUAAUAAUGAUCGUGUACUCCUUAAGACAAUUUACUACUCUUCUCCUACCUCUGCUGGAGCUGAAUGCAUUGAUCCUGAUUGUACUUGGGUGGAACAAUGGGUUCACCGUGCUGGGCCUAGGGAAAAAAUAUACUUCAAACCAGAAGAAGUGAAAGCAGCGAUUGUCACAUGUGGAGGCCUCUGCCCUGGUCUUAACGAUGUAAUCAGACAGAUUGUGAUUACACUUGAAAUAUAUGGAGUUAAGAAGAUUGUGGGUAUUCCAUAUGGUUAUCGUGGAUUUUCCGACAAAGAAUUAGCCGAAAUGCCUCUAACCCGAAAAGUGGUCCAAAAUGUUCACCUAUCUGGUGGAAGCUUGUUAGGAGUUUCACGUGGAGGACCAGGCAUAAGUGAAAUUGUGGACAGCAUGGAGGAAAGAGGAAUCAACAUGCUUUUUGUGCUGGGUGGGAAUGGAACUCAUGCUGGGGCAAAUGUAAUUCACAAAGAGUGCUGUAGAAGAGGGGUAAAGGUGGCUGUUGUUGGGGUCCCCAAAACUAUAGACAAUGAUAUUUUGCUGAUGGACAAAACUUUUGGGUUUGACACUGCUGUUGAGGAAGCACAACGAGCCAUUAAUUCAGCUUACAUUGAGGCACAUAGUGCAUACCAUGGUAUAGGAAUUGUAAAGUUGAUGGGUCGUAGCAGUGGAUUUAUUGCUAUGCAUGCAUCCCUGGCUAGUGGACAAAUCGAUAUAUGCUUGAUACCAGAGGUACCUUUCCAUUUACAUGGUCCUCAUGGUGUUUUGCGGCAUCUGAAAUAUCUCAUUGAGACAAAAGGAUCAGCAGUGGUCUGUGUUGCUGAGGGAGCAGGGCAGGAUUUUCUCAAGCAAACUAACGCUAAAGAUGCAUCUGGAAAUGCUGUUCUUGGAGAUAUUGGUGUACAUCUUCAGCAAGAGACGAAGAAGUAUUUCAAAGAAAUUGGUAUUCCAGCCGAUGUGAAGUACAUUGAUCCCACGUACAUGAUUCGUGCAUGUCGUGCCAAUGCAUCGGAUGGGAUUUUAUGCACCGUGCUAGGACAAAAUGCUGUUCAUGGGGCAUUUGCUGGAUACAGUGGCAUCACUGUAGGGAUAUGCAACACUCACUAUGUCUACCUUCCCAUUCCAGAAGUCAUAUCUUAUCCAAGGCUAGUAGACCGCAACAGUAGAAUGUGGCACCGUUGUUUGACCUCCACAGGUCAGCCUGAUUUUGAAUAAGCCAUAACACCAUUACUGUGUUAGAGACGAGGUUAAGAUAAAUAAGGUCUCCAGUUUAGAAUAAACUGUCGAAGAAAGUAGUCAUUUCGAAGGGUUUUUUUGGUUAGUCAUUUGCUUCAUCAACCCGGAGGAGGAGGAAAUAAUACAAAGAGGAUUAAUUUAGUCCACAUUUAAUAAUUUAUCAAAUGUAUAGGCUAUUAUUGCUCCAGAGUUCUUUAGAAUUUAUUUUGAUUAUUAAACUCCAGAGAAGUCACCAAGCUGUAUGUGCUUGGUUCAUAUUUUUUUGUACAACCAUAUUUUUAUCAAAUGAAUUACCAUUUUUUUCUUGAA